AUGAAUGUUCCGCUUUUACGUUCCAUUUGCCGCCUCCUAUCUACCUCACCAAGCGCCAUACCACCUUCCUCAUCAACAUGGUUUAGGAACGAUGUACCACGUACCGACAUUUUAACUCCUACUGCCCAAGUCUCUAAUCCUUCCGCCUGUUUGGGCCGGUUUUACUCUAUUAAUGAUCAUGCGGCUUCUCACAUUAUCUCUCCCUUUCUCACUGAUGAACAUCUCCGUGAACUAAGCCUUUUCGACGACUUUUCCCUCCUUGUCCGCAAGCCAGCACUCGAUGUUAUGGGCCUGCUGGAAUCGACGAAGCUAACAUCUUCAGUUCCCCGCUUUGUUCUUUACGGGCAGCCCGGCUGCGGAAUAUCCGUUCAGCUGGCUCAUAUAGCCCAUUACGCCGCAGAGAAAGGGGGCAUUAUAUUAGCCUUUUGCAAUGCAGAAAGUUGGCUCGAACGAUGUAGUGAUUUCAUUCCAAGUGGUUCGUACCAUCAGGAACAAUAUAAAAACCUUAUUGAGGGUGAGGCGCUAGAUUUUCCAAGUCGUUCAUCCACGUGGUUAAGGAGCUUCCUCAAAUUAAAUUCACGGACCCUUGAGAAGCUAAAUCCGACGAUUACUCGAUCUGUAGAGUGGACAGUGAACGAUUCUACCCCAGCUGGGACGCCUUGGAUAGAAUUGAUUGAUUUUGCAUUAACGAGACCGAAAUAUUCUACGGAUUGUAUCGGAAUUCUUCUUCGUGAGAUGCGAGCUCUGUCAGCCGGCGAAAGAGCAACAAAGUGCUAUCUUAUCAUUGAUGGGGUGAACUUCUUAUGGUGUCGGGGAACAAGAAUGCAAGAUAAGGUACUUGGCAAAAAAGUUGCUGUCGACCGACUGGCAAUUGUGCAUCACCUUCGAAGAGCGCUUAAAGGUGAUUGGCCGCAUGGUGGAAUCAUAACUUCCGUUAAUGAAAGAGCUUCGUGGCCGUCGGAUCGUGAGAGCUUUACACCAGGGUAUCUUUUGACAAAACGUGGUUUUGAGACCAUGGAUCCAUUUAUUCCAGUGCGUGUUUUUAAUUACACUGCCGAGGAGAUGGACGCCAUUAUGCAUUUCUAUGCUCAACACAAAUGGUUCGCCAAUCCGGCAGCACUGGAGAAAGACGGAAGAGCGGAAAUUACCUUCUUGUCGGAUGCGAAUCCGCGGGAAUUGGCUAGAGUGGCAGCAGAGUGGUAG